AUGAAAAAGUAGCUCUUUAUUUGCCAAAAGCAAAUAUUAGGACUUUGCCUCAAUAAGAAUUGCUAUAAAGAAACUUAAUAUUACUCUAAAUGCUUAACUUAGGUUCAUUCAGAUCAUUUAAGUGAUUGUAUUGAAUUUGCCAUAAUAUUGGCAAAUAUCAAUCAAUUCUUAGAAUUUGGGAUGAAUCAUUUUAAUAAAUCAAAAAAAUCUUCAAUUAUAUGA